AUGAAAAGCAUGGAGUAUUCUGAGAGAUCCUUUGAUUCUCUUAGUGAAUCAAUUCAUUCUCUCAUGGGAAUGAAGACAGACCUAACUUGUAAUUGGGUGGAUUCAGUCCGUGGCAUAAUCAAGACCCUGCAGCCACAGCCAUCUGGUUGUGUGAGAGAUGAUAAAGAAGAAGAAAGAAAAGCAGAGAAACAGGAAGUACUAGAUGGUAACAAGACAUGCGAAAAUUGUAGCAAUAAUGACGAACCAAACGCUGCCAUUUCAAAGAUUAAAGAUGAACUUGCAGUCUUAGAUGCUUGCAUUAAGAAACUGAACAUUCAGAGGAGACAAGUUCUCAAUGAGCUCCUGGACUUGAAAGGGAAUAUUCGUGUAUUUUGUCGGAUAAGACCCAUUAGCAUUGCCACUAAACAGCCAGUUGCAGCUUUGGGAUCAAAUGAAGUGCUCAUAAAUUUGCCAGACCAUAAGUCCAAAAUAUAUAGCUUUGACAAGGUUUUCCAUCCUUCUUCCUCACAAGGUGAGGUCUUUUCAGAAAUUGAACCAAUAAUCAAGUCUGCUCUGGAUGGCUAUAACGCAUGCAUAUUUGCUUAUGGGCAGACGGGCACAGGGAAAACAUUCACAAUGGAAGGCACGGAGGAGUUUCCAGGGGUUGUGCCCCGUGCGAUUGAGGCGCUCUUUAAGCAUGCGGCAGACAGUAACCAUGCAUUCCUCUUCAGCUUCAGUAUGCUGGAAAUAUACAUGGGAUAUCUAAAAGAUCUCCUCAUUCCUCAUAGUCAGACAACAAAGUCAAUGUUCCCUUUACCACCAUGUCUCUCAAUUCAAACACAUCCCAAUGGAGAGAUCGAGAUUGAAAACCUUGUGACCAUCCAAGUAAAUGACUUCAACCAAGCCAUGAGACUGUACAAGUUAGGAUGUGGUUUCAGAUCCACUGCUUCCACAAAUUCCAACCGAACAUCAAGCAGAUCUCACUGCAUGAUUCGCAUAUCAGUUUCCAGUUUAAGUGCCAGCGAACGAAGAAGGUUAACAAACAAACUGUGGAUGAUCGACCUUGGAGGAAGUGAACGUGUCCUAAAAACAAAAGCACUGGGGAGAAGAUUUGAAGAAGGAAAAGCAAUUAAUCUUUCCCUUUCUUCCCUCGGAGAUGUCAUCCACGCCCUUCAAAGUAAAAGGCGCCACAUUCCUUACAGGAAUAGCAAGCUGACACAAGUUCUUAAAGAUUCCCUAGGUGAUGAUUCGAAAACGCUAAUGCUUGUUCAUGUCAGUCCCCGAGAAGAAGAUUUGUGCGAGACAUUGUGUACAUUAAAUUUUGCAACACGAGUUAAAAGGAUUCAACUAAGAAAUGAAGAAUCAUCAGAAGUGAAGGAAGAAAAGGAACUUGCAAUAAAUAAUCUGCUGCAGAAGAUGAAGCAAAUUGAGAACAACCGCAAAGAUGUAACACAAGAAAUCAAAAAGCUGAAUGAGAAACUAGGAAAGCUUACAGUGAUAUCAACCAAUUCAACUGAACUAGCGGAUCUCUCAGAUGUAUGCAUUGAGGGGCUAGGCUCUAACAUGAGAUUUCUAAAAGAUAGUGUCACAGUUAACCAUUUAGCAGACUUCCCCAGAUUUAUGAGGCCUACUGUUUGUAGCCGAAGUAAAUCAGGAAAUGCUGGAGUAGAAAACCAAGUCUUAAAGAGUAGAGCAUUGCUUCCUCCUAGAAAAGGAAAAAGAUCCUUCCACUGUGCCAAGCCUGUGGCUUUUCCCGUAGAAGAAACAUCAGAAUGUUAUUCAGAGAGCAGUAUUUCCAGAACUAGCUGCCUUGUUGGUCCAAAUACGAAAUUCAGUGCAGAUAAUGAGACAGAAUUCAGCCAUGACACAUCUGAUAGUGACAUAAAGGUGGCAGUUUUUACGAAACACAAUUUAUCAGAAAGAGAUUCAAAGCAUAAAAUGUUUAAUCUGAGACCCAGCAGGGAGAACCAUGCAAAUACAAUGGAAAAAGUAUCAACCCAAAACCACUCAAAGGUUGAUAAUUGGCUUCAACUUCACAAGUAUGAAUCAAAUACAAAUAGGUGCACUCAUAAGAACAAAAGAAUUCUUGCGAUACCAAUUCCAGAGAUGAAAGCAAGGGCCAGAGGCAGGAUGGCACAUGAUUUACAUGAUGAACAGGUCCCAGGCAAGGGUUUGAGAAAAAGAAUCGCGAACCAUCAAGAUGCAAAAUCAGCUAAUAUGGAGAAUCAUAUGGAUUUGAGCUCCGAGUUAGAAGCAGAAGCUAAUGUGUCUCAUGCAAUUUCGAAGCGCUUUAUCGAUUAUGAGAAGUCAUAUCCUGCACCUCCAGCCUGCAAUAUUGAUGAAAUAACCAUGAAUGGAACACAAGGUCGAGUAUUUGAUUCAACAACUGAGGUCAGUGAAUGCAGCAAUUUUAGUGCACCUGACGAUUUUAAUGAUCUUAAACUGAUUAUGCCAGACAUUGCAUAUCAAGAAAGAUAUAAUAUGUCAGCAUCUACGGUCAACAGCCAUAGCAUAGGCCUGAUAGAGAGUCCCUCUAGUUCAAAGAAGAAACCAAAUUAUGAACAAAUGCUCAAAAUGGAAGAAGAAAGUAACUUCGAGAAUAUGCAUGUCUCAGGAUGCUUUACAGGAGGAAUAAAGCCCUGCCACUAUGGGCUCAGAUCUCCUAGUGCUUUGUCCAUUUGCAAAGCAAAUCAAAUAGAUUAUUACCUUGAUCCCAAAUUACUUAACAAUACCAGAACCAGAGGAUUCCUUAAUCUUUUGAAACCAAAAGUACAAAUCUUAUUUAGCAGCAUUCUUGUUGCAUUGGGAUUUGCAAGCCUAGGUCUUGGGCAUGACUUCUUCUAUGCUCUGGCUCUCUAAUCAACCUGCUUAUCACAUGCCAAGACCUGAUGCACGUUUGAGUUCGCCUUACGAAAACUCGGCGAUGUAGUUAAUGAAGAGACAGAGAGAUGCCCAACGGCCGCUAGGCAACUUUGAGGCUACAUUCGUGCAACACUGGCACUCAUAGAUUUCUCAGUUGUAAAAAAGUAAGAAAAUAAAAAAGAGAUGCCCAUUGGCUGCGAGGCAACUGUGAGGUUAGAAUCUCAUUCCCCAACUCAAACUGUUGAUAAUGCAGGAAUUACAUAUGGAAGGGAACAAGGCAUUAACAUGUCUUUAUGUGUGGUGGUUCUUUUAAGUGCCAUCUCAAUUCUCAUGAUUCUUCAAAUCAGGGUGAAAGGUCAAUAUGUACAUGUGCCAAAAAUUUGAUCCCAAGAUGUUUAAUAGUAUAUUCAACUCUUUGGAACACCUAGAUAUUGUCCAAGAUGCACCUUACUAGUUUGUAUUAGUAUUCUUAAGUAUCAAAUACACUAAAGAAAAGGAAAGGUCCAAGUUUGCCCCU